AUGCCCAGUACUCAGGAAGACGAGACGCACAAGCCAAUGAGAGGAGCCCCGACUGGAUCUGGCGGAGCGGAGCUUGAUUCCGGUGAUUCUGCUGCUGGCAGUGGCAAGGAAAAAGGAGAGGGAGAGGAUGGCGCCGUGUUGGAGCUUCUGAAGUUGGAAGAGCAGCUGAAGGAUAUGAACGCGUGGCUGGGGACACUUCAGCAAGGUGGAAUAGGUCAGUCCAUUCGAAAAAACGGAGGGGCAGCAGGGCAAGCGGAUGAGCAAGUGGAAGAGGAAGAGGAAGAUGAAGAGGAAGAGGAAGAGGAUAAGGAAGAAGAGGAGGACUAUGCUUUGAGAGAUGCACGCUUGUCGCUGACCAUUCAAACGUUGGAAGAGCAGGUUAAUACUACUGCGUUGCUGCAGUGGGCACCCUGCUCCAAAGGCCAGAUUGACCAGGGUGAACCGGAUCAGCGCGAUGAGGCAAAGGGAGGGGCAGCAGAGCAAGUGGAAGAGGAAGAGGAAGAGGAAGAGGAUGGGGAAGAGGAAGAGGAAGAGGACUAUGCUGUGAAAGAAGCACGCUUAACGCUGACAAUUCAGAAGUUGAAAGAGCAGGUGAAGACUAUUACGAUACUGCAGAGGGCACCCUGCUCUGGAGUCCAGAUUGACCAGGGUGUUCUGAGUCAGCUCGAUGAGGCAAACGGAGGGGCAGCAGAGGAAGCAAGAGUGGAGGGAAGUCGAGAGCGGAUUCAGCUGCUGUCUUUAACAGAUACGGUUCACUACGUGGAUGUGAUGAGUGGGUGGGAGGACCUGUGCAAGUGCUGCUUUGAGCGUGCAGUGAGCCAGCGAGCACAGCGAGCUCUUGACAUGAAGAACCUGGAGGACUUGCGUCGCCACCUGCGCGAGCUGCAGCCUCGUUCCAUCCCCGCAGCAGAUCCCAAGCAGCCGCAGCGUCAUGAAAUGUUUCCUCAGGAGCAUUUUGCGUGGACGGCAGAGAGGGCGUCUCGCCUUUGCGCGGAAGGGAUGUUUCUCGAGUGGAUGGCCGAGCCUCAUCAAUUGUCGCUGAGCUGGGGGGGGGGCAGGCAGGUGGAGCAUGACUGCUUUGCAUCCAUUCUGGUGCAGGUGCUGGGGGUGAAGGAGCGUGUUGAUCUGCAGGAAGGGUUUGCGUUCUUCGUGCAGCGCCUGUUGUCAGGCGGGCUGGAGAAGGCGCAUGCAAAGAGGAGGGGGGGGGGCGAGGGGAGGGCUGCUGAGGUGCAUGAGGGGAUGGUGUUUGGGCGAGUUGAGGAGAAGGCUGCUGAGAAGAUGCAUGGGAAGGGGAAGGGCGGAUGGGAGGCGUCACAUGGAAAAAAAGAUUGGGGACACGGAGAGGGAGAGGCGGGGGGGAUCAAGCCAGAGCACUGGAAGGCUGCGGAGCUGUUGUUCCAUGAUGGCAACACUGCGAGCAAGAUGCGCGUAGAGAAUGCAGCUAUUCUGGUGGCCAGGAAGAGGCUGCUGCAGCACCGCUUGCAGCAGACAAGGGGGAAGGAUGGAGGAGCAGGAGCAGAUCCAGGAGGGGCCCCGCCUGCUACUGCUGCUGCAAGCAUCUAUACGAAUGCUAUAACCCCGUCUGUCAUGAGGCUCAAGCGUGUCAAUACAAACUCUGUUGUUGCUGCAAUGACCUAUCGAGCUGGUUGCAUCUUGCAGUGGGUUCGAGUCUACGGCUCAGAUUCCAUCUCGGAGAAACAGUGCUUCAUAAACGACCCUCAGAGCAAGGUCAGGUCUAUGCGCCACCCGCUUCGGGACCUUCCGAGGCUUCUGGUCGGGUUCGGCGCCAUUCCCAAGCCUCCGGAGGAAAGCGGAGUUCCUUUAGACUGGGAGGAGUGGCCUGAAGGCGUCGAAGCUGCUGUGAAGUUUCCUUCCAACCGAAAUGAGAGGUGUUUUGGCCUUGGGAUAGUGGAGGAGCGUGGUGAACCAUCUGAGAAGCUGACCCUGCACCCUCCUAAGCACACACCUGAAGCAGGAGGGAGCAGCAUGAGUGCAAAGGAAGAAGGAUCUAUUGCAAAAGGCCAAGGAGGUAACCAGGAAGCUGAAUGGAGCAGAGCGCGCGGGAUAGCUGAAGCAGGAGGGGGCAGCAGGAGUGCAAGGAGGAAAGUCUCGAAGGCAAUAGGGCAAGGAGGUUGGGAGGAAGCCAUACGGAGCAGAGCGCGUGAAAGAGGUGAAGCACUUCGAACCGCCGCCGAGAUGACAGCAACAACACUACCGCCGCCCAGAAGGAAGCUUCCCAUCGUUCGCUGCGAGGCAGACGCUGACUUCCUGGUGGGGUUUGCUGGGUAUCUCAUGGACCCUCCUGCCUGCUCCCAGUGCCGCGCCUGCUCUCAAGAAUUCAUGUAUUAUGUGUGCAUCAUUGCUGUGAUCGCCAACUUCGCUUACCGCCCCGUCAGAAAUCUGUUCUCCCGCGUGCUCUCCAUCUUCCCGCCAUCCUCUCCUGGUUUUGGCGAGCUCGUUGAGUGCUUGGACUUUCCAGCUCGCUUGCCCAGGCCGUUGA